CAAAAUAAGAGUGAGAGUGACACACUGACAAACAGUUGGUUGUCAAUAAGGAAACUGCAGACAUUUUGCAUCUGAAACACUUUGAAAGACACAAGCUGUGGGACAAGUUCAAGCAACGGGCAUGAACUCACAGACUCCAAGGCCCUGCAGUGGGAGGAGUGGAGACUGAAAACGGCUUCAGUGAAGCUCAUCUGCAUUAUCAGGAUGGGCUGCACUUGCAGUGACCAGAAACAAAUAAAAGACGACAAUUUCUACAAAGGAAAACACAACUCGCCAAAUCACAUUGCACGAAGUGGAAACACCUAUUCGGAUAACGAUGACAUCGUAUUUGUGGCGCAACAUGACUUCAAAGCAACCAAUGACAGUGAGAUAUCUUUCAAAAAGGGAGAUAAACUUAAGGUUUUACAAGAAAACGGAGAAUGGUGGCUGGCUAAAUUGUUGGUGAGUGGACAGGAGGGCUUCAUACCAUGUAAUUAUGUGGCCAGGGCAGAUACACUGGACAUCGAAAAAUGGUUUUUCAAGGACAUCAGCAGGAGAGAGACUGAACGACUGCUUUUAGCACCUGGAAAUAAACCAGGUGCCUUUCUGGUCCGAGAGAGUGAGACCUGUCAAGGAUCCUUCUCAUUGUCAGUCAGAGAUUAUGCACCAGAUCAAGGAGAUGUGGUAAAACACUACAAGAUCCGCUGUCUGGACAAAGGUGGCUUCUAUAUCUCCCCCUCCAACUCAUUCCCAACCCUACAGGAACUGGUUAAAUACUACAGUCGAACAGCGGACGGUUUGUGCCAGCGGCUGUAUGCCCCUUGUAAGUCGAAGGCACCCCAGCAGCCGUGGGCACAAGACGAAUGGGAGAUUCCAAGAGAGACCUUGAAGAUGGUGAAGAAACUGGGGGCCGGGCAGUUUGGGGAAGUGUGGAUGGGUUACUAUAAGAACUCCCAGAAGGUUGCUAUAAAGACCUUAAAGGAGGGAACAAUGGAGCCUGAGGCCUUCCUCCAGGAGGCCAACCUGAUGAAGCAGCUGCAGCAUGAACGACUGGUGCGCCUCCAUGCUGUGGUCACGAAGGAGCCCAUUCUUAUUGUAACCGAGUUCAUGGUCAAUGGAUGUCUUCUGGACUUUCUAAAAACAGACGAAGGAAAAAAGCUGAAGAUAAAUAAACUGAUAGACAUGGCAGCACAGAUAGCUGAAGGCAUGGCGUACAUCGAGAGGAAGAACUACAUCCACCGAGACGUGCGUGCAGCCAACAUUCUAGUCAGUGAAACCCUGCACUGCAAGAUAGCAGACUUUGGCCUGGCGAGGAUCAUCGAGUCGGAGUACACAGCUCAAGAAGGUGCUAAAUUUCCCAUUAAAUGGACGGCUCCAGAGGCCAUCAAUUUUGGCACAUUCAGCAUCAAAUCGGACGUAUGGUCCUACGGGAUCCUCCUCACAGAGAUCGUCACCUAUGGAAGAAUACCCUACCCAGGAAUGACCAACCCCGAGGUGAUCAGGAGCUUGGACAGGUCGUACAGGAUGCCACAGCCUGAAGGCUGCCCUGAGGAACUCUAUGACAUUAUGAUGAUGUGCUGGAGGCAGAGGCCUGACGACCGGCCAACUUUUGAAUUUCUGCAGAACACUUUGAAUGAUUUCUUUAUCGCCACAGAAGGACAAUAUGAGAUGCAGCCAUGAUUAAAGGAAAAGGAAAUGUUUCCUCUAGGUAACCCGAAGACAACAAAAAGCCAUUAAGCAAGAUGUGAGACUAAGGAAAGGAUCGAAGAGGAACACCUUUUUUUGUUUGUUUUUUUUUUUACAACUGCUACAGUUAAUUUUUUUAAAACGUUUCAAAACAGGCACAUUUUUAACAACUUCCUUCUGAAUGAAUGUAAAAGCUAGUUAAUAGCUUCUUCUGUCUCUAGCAGCUAAGCUAAGAGCGGCUGAAACCAUGUUAAUAUCAGAAAGGAAACAACUUCAAUGCAAAGUUUUAUUAUCCUGACUGUUCUCCUGUUAUUGAUGGAAUAUGGAAAUACGAGGGAUAUGAAAAUAGAAAUACAGUACAUGUAUGAUGUAAAAAAAAAAAGAGAAA